AUGUCUUCCGCCGCGGCUUCGUCGUUCGCCGAUGCUGGCGCGGAGGGCUCGUCUGGCUGGGCAAACUGCGAGGCGGCGCCCAAGGCAGCGCUGAACCCGCAGCAGUUUGUGGCGUUCCGGCUGCAGCAGGUGCAGGAGAUCAGCCACAACACGAGGAUAUUCCGCUUUGCUCUGGACCCCGACACGCGUCUCGGCCUCACAGUGGCGUCAUGCCUCGUUACCAGGUACACGCCCAUCACUUCGCCGGACGUCACGGGGCACUUCGACCUGCUAGUCAAGGUGUACCCCAACGGCAAGAUGAGUCAGCACAUGUUCUCCCUCAAGCCAGGCGACGUGCUUGAAAUGAAGGGCCCCAUUCCGAAGCUGCCCUACCAGCCCAACAUGAAGCGCAGCAUUGGCAUGGUGGCGGGGGGGACGGGCAUAACGCCUAUGCUGCAGGUCAUCGAUGCCAUCCUCUCCAACCCCAACGACCACACGCAGGUGUCGCUGGUGUUCGCCAACACCUCACCGGCCGACAUCCUUCUGGCUGAUCAGCUGCGCGCCCUUGCUGCCUCGCACCCCAACUUCAAGGUGUACUUCAUGGUGGACCGUGUGGAGGCGGGGGCGGCAUGGAAGGGCGGGGAGGGGUUCAUCGCGGCUGACGUGCUGCGCAAGGCGCUGCCCCCACCGUCCCCCGACUCCCUCGUGCUCGUGUGUGGGCCACCUGGCAUGAUGCGCCACGUGUCAGGUGACAAGGCACCCGACAAGUCGCAGGGGGAGAUUUUUCUCCUCUUUGCAUUUCCUCCCAUCUUCCCUCUCCCAUUGCAGCUGGAUGGCCUCUUGAAAACUCUCGGAUACAGAAAGGACCAAGUUUACAAAUUUUGA